AUGACCGGUCGUGGAGGCGGUGGAGGUCGCAAGACGCUGCUUGCGCCGAUUCACUUCAUCUUCAAGCUCCUCCAACAACGGUCCACGGUCUCCAUCUGGCUGUACGAGCAGCUCGCUUUCCGGAUAGAGGGAAAGAUCAGAGGAUUCGACGAGUUCAUGAACCUCGUCAUCGACGAUGCCGUGGAGGUCCGCAUGGCGACCAAGACCGACGAGGAGAAGCGCAGACCGCUCGGCCAGAUCCUGCUCAAGGGCGACAACGUGUCUCUGAUCCAAGCGGUGCAGUGA